AUGAAUUACAACACAGGCGCAACCUUCGUACCGGGGGGUGAUGACUCCUACUACAUGCCUGAACUGAUACAACCGACCCCCAACCGGGUGCAUGAACUUCCUAGUAACAUUGAGCAGAAUGUUGCUCAAAUGGAACAGGCCGCAUCGGGCCCUCUUUCAGCAAGUUCAGCAUCAGUCUACACUCCCCAGUCAGCCGAAUACAUGGCCUCGGGCAUGCCUUGGAGGAAUGCUUCAGACCCAAGCAACAACCAGCAAGUGAUCGGACAAGGUAUGCCUAUACACGCCCCAAGUCAGCCGGUCCAGCAAGACAGCUACCCACCGCGAACGACGUCCAUACCUCAAGCAGAUCAGCCGAACUUCUCUCCCUUCCCUAUUCUUCGAAACCCUCCACCCAACAUUCCACCUACGGACGAGCAGAAGGAAGCCACGUUGGAGGGAGCAAGAGUAGCAGUCCUGAGUUGCAGUGACCCUGACACCCAGUUAACAUGGGCACAAGAUGUGCUGUCAUAUGUGGAAGUAUGUCAGCAGAACGAGGAAAGAAUAGCUCUGGCACAAGCCCCUCGGACGCGGACGCCUCGUAUCGAACACGUCUUGAAGGAAGAUGCGCUCAAGAUUGUCAGCUUUUUGGCCGAUCAACAUCACCCCAAAGCUGAGUUCAUGCGAGGUAUGUGGCUUGAGUUUGGCAAGUUUGGGCACAGAAUCGACAAAAGAGAAGCCUUCAACUGCUAUACAAGAGCCUCCGAAAGAGGCUACGUCCGUGCCGAUUACAGGAUUGGAAUGCAGUUCGAGUCCUCGAAUGACGCCCUUAAAGCAAUCAAGUACUACCAGAAAGGAGCCGAUGCUGGGGAUUCUGCUGCUUGUUACAGGCUGGGGAUGAUGACCCUCCUUGGCCAACAUGGGCAAGUGCAAGACUACGAACGGGGCCUGAACCUGAUAUAUGCUUCAGCUCAAACGGCCGACGAGAACGCUCCACAAGGUGCUUACGUCUUCGGAAUGCUCCAGGCUCAUCAAAUGCCCCAAGUCCAAAUACCGGAGCGCUAUUUGCCCAAAGACAUGGUAGCGGCAAAAAUCAACAUUGAAAAGGCCGCCUACUUAGGAUUCGCUAAGGCGCAAGUCAAGAUGGGAACAGCGUAUGAACUCUGCGAGCUUGGAUGUCCUUUCGAUCCUGCACUUUCGCUCCAUUAUAACGCCCUUGCGGCCAGGCAGGGUGAACCUGAAGCUGAAAUGGCCAUCAGCAAAUGGUUCCUUUGCGGCCAUGAAGGCCUCUUCGACAAGAACGAGGAGAUGGCCUUUACCUACGCACAGCGAGCGGCGCUGUCCGGGUUUCCAACAGCACAAUUUGCCCUGGGAUACUAUUACGAGGUUGGUAUCUACGUUCCAGUCAAUUUUGACCAAGCCAAAGAAUGGUAUCGAAAGGCAUCACAAAGUGGCAAUCAGGAUGCCGGUAAGAGAAUCGAGGCCAUCUCUAGGUCCAAAACGUUAUCUCGGAAAGACCACGAGAAUGUCGCACUUUCAAAAAUCCGGCAGCAGCGAGCCUCGGUGAUCCUAGAUGGUCAAAUCCCUCCGAUGCCCGCGAUGCCUGCAAUGGCACCCCUGGCUGAAGAGCAAGAUAACACAGUCAUUGACAUGCCCGAUCCGUCUCGUCUUUCUCUCCACCCUCAGAGACCACCAUCAGCACGGCCGGGAAGCGUCGCCCCAUACCCAACCGAUAACCCCAGCUUCCCGAUGGGCAACCAAGGCCCUGACUAUCGACCAACUUCAGCGUUCGGAAUCAACCCAAACCUUCGACCUUCGUCGGCUACGACAAUGGGAGGCCCCAGACCUGAUCCGUAUGGAUCUCCACAUAUGCUACCUCAACAGCGUCCCCAUUCGACCAAUGAUGCCCGGGUCCCGCCAGCAGGCUACGGUCAAGGUGGGCGAGUACCAUCAGUGCGGUCAUCUGGGCCUGGAGUGCCACAAAUACGGCCACCACCAAAACCUGGUGCUGCAUCUCCGUAUCGUGACCCGCGAGCAGCUGGCCAAACCCCUACACCUCCAGCGCUUGAUAUUGGCUUUUCCGCUCCUCUCGAACCAAAGAGAAGACCUCCACCUCAGCAGCCCAAUGGGCCGAACAUGGGUAAACCUCAACCUUUUGAUCAGAACCAUCCCUCUCGCCCGUUUUCUCGCCCCAACCAACCUGCACAGCCAGGCUCUUCACAAAGUCGACCUUCACCACUGAACUCUCGCCCUGGACCCGACCGUCCUGAUAUGGGUUAUGGUCGUCCUCCAAACUCGCAAACGCCUCCCAGUAGAACUCCAGUACCUGCAGCACACAAUGUCACACCGGCCAACAUGGCUCCAGCACGGCUAGAUUCCAAUCGACCGAGUGGAAACAGCCAGCCGUCGAAACCAGCUUCGGUCCCGACCAAUGCCGUUCGCCCACCAGGUAAAGGACCAAAGACAUUCGACGAGAUGGGCGUUCCUCCUGGCAAAGACAAAAGCGAAUGUGUAAGUUGA